GGAUAGUCCCCCCCAAUACGAAAACAAACCGAGUUGGGGCAAUUUGGCUAAGAUACAAAGAAUAAAAAUUGGAAAACUAUAAUCAUGUCAACGGCUGGUGGAGCUGCUGAUGACGAACCGUCGACACCGCUGCCAGCGUCGGCAGCGCCAGCAGCGAGUCCAAGUGACGCCAAGGAGCAGGAAUCGGCGCCAGCAAUGGCCGAAAUAGCCGCCUCCAGCAUACGUUCUGGUCUGGCCGAGUUGGAAUUAAGAUCGUCACAAGUGCUGCAACGUUUGGAGAAUGUCAAAACUGUGCCGGCCGAUGAAGAGGAACACGAACGAAAGGAUGCAACGGCAACGGCGGCGGCGGCGGCGGCAGGAUCGACAACAACAACUGCAACAACAACAACAACAACAGCUGAGGAGGAACGCUUGCGAGCCGAGCAUCGAGUGCCGUCGGAUAUAUUGAAAUCAUUGGAACAACUUGUGGCCUAUACGGAUAAUGAUGAUGAUCCCGAAUUCCCACUGCCGGCUCUCGAUGAUGUGUCCCAUUUGGCAUUGAUAUCGCACAGCAUUGUUGCCUAUCUAUCACAUUUGGAUAGACAGCAUCUGCUUAGGGUGACAAAUAGCAUUUCAGGUGAUGCGACCAGAUGGCUGGGAUCUUUGUUCCAUUUUCGUCAUCCUGCCAGCAGUUUCCAUGCAGACAAUGCGGAUGCAGUGCUGCGUACCGUCCGUCUGGCCAUAGUGGCACGUUGUCCAGGCUAUCUGGAAGGCGGUAUUCCCGCAUUGGCACAUCCUUGCUUCUAUAUAUCAGAGAAUACAACGCCUGUGCGUCUGCAGUACGCGUGCCGGCAAUUGGGCAUACCAUUGGAUGCCAUUAAGGUCAUACCGGAGCACAGUCAGUAUGGCACCAUGGAUUUGGCAUUGCUGCAGAAGCAAAUCCAGCACGAUGUCACAGCGCAAAAGACACCGUUGCUGGUCGUUGCCGAUAUUGGAGCUUCACUGUGUGGCCAUGUCGACAAUCUGCAGAGGCUAAAGGAUCUGUGCAAGACACAUCAGAUAUGGCUACAUGCCAGCGGUCAUGGAUUGGCCGCUUUGGUCUGUCAAUCGAAUGCCGGCCAGGUGGUGGAUGAUUUCGUCCAUUCGAUGGCACUAAAUUUGGGCAGUUGGCUGGGUGUGCCCAGUUUGCCUAUCGUUUUGCUGCAUCGUCCAUUACAGAAUUCAGCUCUGAGUGCCUUUGAAUCCGAUCCGAUCCUGUCCAGGCGUCUGAAUUCUCUGUCGCUAUGGACCAGCUUACAGGCGCUUGGCCGCAAAGCAAUCGCCGAGCGUCUACAUGUAGCAUUCCAGACAUGCAGUAUUCUCUACGAGAUUGCCUCCAAAUGUGAGGGCAUACGAGUUCUGAGCCAUUCGCCCGGUGCCCAGACAGGAGCAAGUCUCUCGGAGAUCAUCAAUGGACCCCUAGAUGUAAAUUCGCUAUUUGAUGCAGCUGCUCCAGUUGUCGUCUAUCAGUUUGAUGGCAGCACGACCAUUCCGUUGGAUUCUGUUGGCCCUGCCAGUGCAGCGGCAGCUGUAAUCGAGCCGGGCCUGAAACCUCUGGAGAAGAUCAGCAAUGCUUCCUACUUUGAUCGCCUCAACUCAUGGCUGGGCCAGAUCCUGCAGCGGGAUUGCCCCAAUUUUGACUUUGAGGUCAUCGAGCAUCCAACACAUGGCAGCUGCAUACGCUACUGUCCAUUGGAACUGGGUCUGGGCGAGCAACCACCCAGCUCCGAGAAUCUUGAGAGCUUUGCACAAAGUCUAGAGGCACAUGUGGAUAUUUUAAGAGCCACCAUCAAACACAAGGCACGUUUCAUCCAUUUGGUCGAGCACAGCGAUGUCCUUCGUCUGGUCCCACUGCCCGAAUGGGCUGGCAUGGGCGGUGUACGUUUUGUGCCCGAGGGCUGGGAAUCCCUGCUAACCGAUCAGGCCAAAACGGAACUGAAUAAAUUGAAUAUCGAUUUGGUUGAGGCAUUAAAAUCAACCGAUAACGCCUUCUCGCUGGGCGAGGGUACAGAUGGUUUAAUCUGUGUACGCUUUGGCAUGGUCACCCAUGAGACUGAAGUGGAGGAGCUGCUCGACCUUGUGGUGCAAGUGGGUAAAAGCGUGCAAGAGAAUUCCCGUGUAUUGGACACCAUGUCGGAGAUAGUGAAAAAGGGCAUUGAGGCGGCCACAGCCGAUUUGCAGCGUGAAUCUGAGGAGAAAUUAUGGCAAGAGGGCAUCUUGCGACAUGUCCCUGUGGUUGGGCGCGUCUUCAAUUGGUGGUCGCCGCCAGCUAAAGAGUCUGGCAUCAAGGGCCGCAGCCUUAAUCUCACCCAGGGUGUGGUCGAGAGUACCGAAAACAUAUACAAAUAUCAUAUGCAAAUGACUGGCGCGACUGCCCAUCAAUUCCCAGCGAAUCGGUCACCGCCUACGCCCAUGGUACAGACGCCAGUGGGUGGCACCAAUACAACAACGCCACCAACUUUUCCCACUGUCGAACCGGAGACACUGCAGGAGAAGUCGCCAGAAUCGGAGGCCACAGUGGGAGGCACGGCAGCUCCCAUUGGCAAUCAUGUGGAUCAUAAUCGUACUGUUAGCCAGAGCAGUGCCGGUUCCUCCUCAGUGCCCGAGUUGGUGGCCGUCAAUAGUGCAAUUAACAAUAAUUAAAAACAAAUAACAAACAAUUACAAGCCAAGAGAAGGUGUCCAGGACAACGACGCAAAGCACAGAUCAUCAGAACAGAAAAAGGAUAACCAAUUAAUGAUUAAGCAAACAUAUUCUCCUUAAAACGCUGCAGACACACACACAAACACACACACACACACACACACAUACAUACACACACACACACAUAUAUAUAAUUCCAAAGAAAUUGUUUUUCUUUUAUACUUAUAAUUGUAUAUCUAUUUAUCUAUUCCCAAUUUUUUUUAAAUAUUUUUAUUAUAUUCUUUUAUUAUUAUUAACUCUUUCUCAUCCAAUUUGCUCGCUUCCUAUGACUUCGAAUCAUAUUCGUUUAUAUUCAAAAUCAAUUCUUUGAACUAAAGAUAAUCUAAAUUUCAAUUGAACUUCAAAAACAGUUCCAUAUUGUAUUCUUGCAAUCGAAUUCAAUUCAUCUUUAAUGUGUAUAUAAAACUAAGCUAGAGAAUGAAAGAGAAAUUCAGAGAAAAAUUACAAACUAUUUGUUUCGGUUAACCCAGAUGCCAGUCAGAAUCAGAAUCGGUUAAACCGCUCUAAUUUCAAUAUUUUCACAUUUUAUUUUUUUGUUUGUUAAUUAACUAAAUUGCAGUUGUUGUCGCUGCUAAUUGUUGUGAGUGAAAAUUUCAUUGGUUUUCCAAUUUUUCCGUUUUUUUUUUGUUCCUUUCCACUUUCUAAAUUCCUUGCCUAAUUUAUUAUUCAGUAAAUAUAUAUAUAUUUAUAUAUAUAUAAAGUGCACAUACAUAUACAUACAUACCUUUGAUCGAUGACAAUGUUCAAUUGUAAAGCAAUAAUUUGCACUAUAUUUAUUCUUAUUAUUUGUUUAGAUUCGUAAGACAAAAAACAAACAAACAAUUAUAUUAUAUAAAACAAAAAUGGAUAAAUAUAUAUAUAUUUAUUAUAUCUGACCUAUUCCUGCUGACAAAACAAAUAACUGCACAAACAAAAACUAAGAAAUAAAAGGAAAAAACAAACAAAAAUUAGUGUAAACAAACCAAAACAGAAUGAGAAAACAUAAAUAAAUUUGUGAGAAAAGAAAAAUA